AUGUGGGCAUGGGCCAUUGAGCUGUGCACCGUGGUGUGGUGCACCUGGCUUAUUACAGCCCAGGCCUUCACGUGCCAGCUUGGGAAACAGAAGAAAAAGUACAUGCCAUACAACCACCAGCACAAAUACUUCUUCCUGAACCACCUGCGCUCGGAGCUACGGCAACUGGCACCUCCUGCCAUAUUUGGAGACCCUGAUCCCUUUGUGGCGUUUCACAUCAACAAGGGCCUUGUGAGGAAGUAUAUGAACUCUCUCCUGAUCGGAGAACUGUCUCCAGAGCAGCCCAGCUUCGAGCCCACUAAAAAUAAAGAGCUGAUCUACGAGUUCCGGGAGCUGCAGGCCACCGUGGAGCGGAUGGGGCUCAUGAAGGCCAACCAUGUCUUCUUCCUGCUGUACCUGCUGCACAUCCUACUGCUGGAUGUUGCUGCCUGGCUCACCCUUUGGGUCUUCGGGACAUCCUUUGUGCCUUUCCUCCUGUGUGCGGUGCUGCUCAGCACGGCUCAAGCUCAGGCUGGCUGGCUGCAGCAUGACUUCGGGCACCUGUCCGUCUUCAGCACCUCUACUUGGAACCACCUGCUCCAUCAUUUCGUGAUUGGCCACCUGAAGGGCGCCCCCGCCAGUUGGUGGAACCACUUGCACUUCCAGCACCAUGCCAAGCCCAACUGUUUCCGCAAAGACCCGGACAUCAACAUGCACCCGUUCUUUUUUGCCCUGGGGAAGAUCCUCUCUGUGGAGAGACGGACUUUGAGUUUUCAGGAAUUAGCCCCGAUCAGCAGGAAGCCAGGGAACAAAUCAGCGGCCACAGUCACAGAGGGACCAGAGCUCCUGAGGCGCUCAGCUUGUGGUACCACCGGGGCCAGCAAAUCAGAGUCUGAGAGUGAAGGAGGCAGUAAUCUCCCCAGAAAGCGGAUGGAGAUUGCCUUCCACGCCCAGCGCCUCCCAGCUGCCUGGGCUCAGUCUGGGACGCUGGAGGCUUUGAGCAGCACCUAG